AAAAUCUUAAACCUCUUGACUUAUAGAUAGAGGAGCAAAUCCUUUUCACUUACAGCUGAAGUGUAUUCUUGUUGUGUAUGCAAAAGGGAAAUACUAACAUAAUAUUGAAAAUCCUUUGCCUUUUCAAGGACUGAAAUUCUAGAUUUGGAUAUUAAAGUCAUUACUGUUAUACUAACAUGUAGUUAACAUCUCUCAAGAGUUUUGUUUAAAUUACAAUGCUCACAUCAAAAGCAUGUAUUUGAACUUUUCUUUUGAGACACUGGAUCUAUAGAAAUGUGUAAAGCCAGCUUUCAUCUUGCUGAGAUAUGGAAGUCCUGAGGGGAUCAGCUAUUGAUUGGACUGGAUUGCCAUCUCCUUUGAACCUCACAGAAAUACACUAAUGAUGCCACAUGAAGGAUGUAGCUGCAUACUAGAGGAACAGACUGAAAUUAUUUUAAAUACUGAUGAUUCCUAGUACAGGAAGGAGUUUGACAUCUUUGACCCAAAAAGUCACUUGGAAAUUGCCAAAAGUACUGGACCUAUUACACAAAUCAGAAAGUUGGCAGAGGUCAUUUACCAUUCCUAAGCUGGAUUAGCUCUCAAAUUUUUUCUUGUGUUCUCUACAUCUUCAGAAUUGCCUAUUGAACCAACUUCUGUUAGCAACAGCACUCCCAAAAGAAGUAGCUGUAAUCAGCAUUUUAAGGAACACUUAUAGCUGUUUCUGCAUAUAUUAAAAUUAUAAUUAUACAGCAGAAAUUUUUAAAAAUAAAAGGUCUUCUUUUUGUGUGCUGUGUAAGUGGGCUUAUUUUUAAUUAGCUAGAAAAGCUAGCAAUUUCUUGAGUAGAUUGAUACUACAUAAAUGAAUUAAAGCAAAUCCUCAAUCACCUGCUCAAGCUUUACUGACCUCUAAGUGGUUAUUAAAUAAUUAUUAUUUACCAGUAAUAGCCUGAAACAGUAGUUUCAUGCCAAAACAGCAUGUAAAAUAUUGCAUUCCUAACAAACUUUAAUUUUAAAUAGCUCUAGUGUUUUAUAAUUUAGAUAAAACUGUAAUUUUCUGGGAGAUGAAAUGAUCUCCUAACUAUGCUGUGAAGAUUUCUUACAUUUAUUUCAGAUGAGUUAAAAUCCAUUACUGAAUAGUGAAGUCACAUUUGACUGUUUAAUUAGCAAAAGUAAAUGAAGACAAAUAGGUCCAUAAUCACACUAAUUUUAACUUCACUAUAAUGUAUUUCCAUGUAUCAGAAUCAGAAACUAGGUAUUGCUGUAAAUUUAUUUUUCUGUGCAGAUUUGAUGGAAAUAAAUGCUAAAUAUUUCUAAAAUAAUUUACCUUUUUUAGAUUUUGUACAUCUAUUUUUAUAGGCUCUAAGUAGUUAAGUAGUGUUUUUACCGGUUAAACUGUGAAAUAAUCCCACGAAUUUUAGGUGUUUUAAAAUUGUAAAGAAAAAGUAAAAUCCUUUUUUUUAAAUCUGCUAAUAUUUAUUAUUUUGCUUAUUGCUUAAGCCACGUUAUUUCAAGUCAAACUUACACAGCAGUCAAAAAUGUCAAAAAGACCUCAAGUUCAUAUUUUUGUGGGAGCACCCAGUAUCCCGAGGCCACGGGAGGUGUUAGAGCAGAGCUCAGCCCCUACUGGUGAGCGAUGGAGGGAGCUGCGCUGUUUGUGUGAUAGCCCUGGCUUUGCUCCUGGGAGGUUCUGGGAUGCUUCUGCCCUCUUGGUGCCCCAGGCAGAAAGCUCCACACCCACAGGGGUCCCUACCAGCGGGGACAGAGCUCAGCAGGGCAGGUUCAUGGCAAAAGAAGGAACAGAUUUGCCAUCUCCUGCCCCUGUGGCGCUAACUUGUACCAGCACGCCUAAAAAGAGCACAAGUUUAACUUGCUCUGAUUGUCAAGGACCCAAAGAUAGAUUGACACCUCCAGAUGUAAAUCAGGCUGCAGAUCAACACCUGCCCCAGGGCUGUGCAGAAUCAGCUGGACAAGAGAAACCAUCAGGUGCCUGCUGCCCAGAGCUCAGUGAGAGAAAAGCCCAUCCUUCAGAAGUCAACAGCGCUGACAUUUCUGCGUUGGUUGCCAGCACUGAGCAGGUCAGCAUCCAUCUACAGUCUGGGAGACUUGCAGCAGCUCACCAAAGUGAGCAUCAUGAACAUCCAAGUCAAUGUAUGGAUGUGUUUUUCCAACAAGGUCAGGGGUCCAAACCAAAAGAACCAAAUGACUCUGCAGACUUUGCAGUGUCAGCAGACACUGAGUUUCGUAGUGUAGUGACUUUGAGUCAGGUGGCUGUUUUUGCACAGAAUAAGAUGCAGGAAAGUAUUGUAAAACUGUCAGAAAGAGAAGCAGGCAAAAAAGCUGAAGAAGGACAGUAUGAUCACUUCCAAUGUAAUUCUGGUGUUGGAACAUGUACUACUACUGUGACUGAAAAUGAACAUGAGGAAGAGGAUGCAAGUUCUCUUGAACUUUUCAGCUCUGGGGAUGAUGGGGAAAAUGUUUUGAUUAAAGCCACAAAACAGGAAGAAAGUGCUCAGGAAAAUGCAGACGAGUUUCAAGAACUUGAUGUUCCUGCUAAGCAGAUUGUAAAUGAAAUCCAUAUUGAGCCACUGAGCUCUGGGAUACUGUGCUCUCAAGGGAACUGUUCUCACAAGAACUUUUCUAAAAGACCCCGCAAGCAUGAAGAUUCCUUUCUUCUUUUUCACUCAGCAUUUAAAAGACAGCUGAAAUCUAAGAGAGCUAAACUGAAUUCCUCUCCACCUGGUUCUGGUGUGAGAGUGGACCCAGACAGGAUAGCAGAGUUCAAGAAACUCCAAAAGAAACUAUCACUACUUAAGAAUUGCUGCAGCAAAAAUCAAAAGUACAGUAUUUUGGUUGCAGUUGUACAUCCUUGUCAUAUCAAAGAAAUACAGCAGAAGAGUAAGCCAAAAUCUUCAUGUAAAGUUCCUGUGGCAACAGUUGUUGUUGUUGACCAGUCGGAAAUUGAGAGAAAGGUGGUGCUGUGGCGUGGUGCUGCAUUUUGGUCCCUUACUGUGUUUCCUGGGGAUAUCAUACUGCUUACAGAUAUAAUAAUGUAUGAGAAUCCUUGGUGUGGAGAGGUCAUGCUUCAGUCAACAUUUACCAGUCAGUUACUGAAUCUGGGGAACUGCUCAGCUCUCAAAACAGAAGAAUCUUAUCCUCUAGUGGAUGAUGGUGUUCUCCAUGGCUUGUUGGCAUACAUAUCAUCAGAAUUACCACACUUCAGAGACAUUCCACAAAGACAAGUUCAGAGACUGGAUGGUGUUCAGUAUGUGCAGCUAGAUCAGCUCCAGCCAAACACUUUGGUGCACUCAAUCCUGAAAAUUAUCAAUAUUUCUGUGUUAACAGCAGAAUCUUUGUACAGCUACAGAGGUGGCAGCCAAAGAAAAAUUAUUCUAACAGUAGAACAGAACAGAGAUGAACAAUAUAGGAUGGUUCUGUGGGGAGCAGGGGCUGCCUGGUACCCCCAGCUUCAGAGGAAAAAAGACCACAUAUGGGACUUCAAAUACCUUUUGGUCCAGUGUAGUUCUGUCUCAGGUGACUUUGAACUGCACACAACUCCAUGGUCAUCCUAUGAGUGCUUGUUUGAUGAUGACAAAAGGGCAGUUGAAUUUAAGGAAAAGUUUCAGAGAAGUCAAACAUCCCUCAUGGAGUUGACAAGGCUCUCAGCACUCCUGCAAGAUAAAUGCUCAGGAGUGGUCCAAGUGAAAGCCCGUAUCUUGGAAUUGAAGUUUACCAUUUCCACUGGUCAGUACAAGCAACUCAUCUUCUCUGCUGACACUUCACUGGAAUGUGUUUUGGCUUCUCUGCCUAUGAUUACGUAUUCGGGUUGUGCCAAAUGUGGUUUGGAACUACAGACAGAUGAGAACAUGAUCUAUAAGCAAUGUAUUAGAUGUCUGCCAUACAGCAAAGUAAAAACAUUCUACAGACCUGCUUUGAUGACAGUAGAAGAUGAAGGUUGUGAAAUUUAUGUUCAUGUGGUGUCUGAGUUGGUGGAAAAAAUCUUCCUCAAUAUUCCUGCAGACUGGCUGAAGAGAUUAGUAGUGCCCUCUUCAGAUAUAACCUACAGCAUAAUAGUAGCAGAUCUGUGUCAUUCACUGCUGGCAGAUACAGAAGCAUCCUAUUUGUUGGAAAUCAGAAGCCACUUUGUGCUAGAUGAGAACAGCUAUCCUUUGCAAAAGGAUUUCCAUCUGCUGAAUUUUCAUCCAGAUCUUUGACCUCUGCACUAACUGAGUAACAAAGACCAUAAGGAUACACAAAUGGGAAGCAGAAGAAAAAUUAUUUAGCUGAAGGAAGCAAAUCUCUUAAAGUUAUAAUAAAAGAUUUUGGUUUUAACUUAUGAAAAAAGCAAAACCAUCAACAGGACUGGUAUGGAAUAUCUGCUAAUAGUACAUACUGCUGGAGUAAUACUUAUGAAUUUUCAUAAAAUAUAUUUUUAUACAUGCAUAUUUGUGUUAAUAAUUUUGUUAAUAAACUCCAACGAUUAUAAUAAA